UGCGCUCGAGCAGCGAACGUGGUAGCACAGCUUAAAUAAAUCCAGUCACAAUCUCCGAGAAAGAAAAGCCAAGACACGGCAACGGUAAUUUGGAAAAUUCGUAAAGGAAAUCGAGUUCGGAGCGGUUAAUUUAAUUGAAAAUAAUAAAAUCAAGUUAUUGUUCGUUGCGCUUUCCAAUUUCAAAGAAAAUAAUUAUUGAGCCCAGUGUGAAAAUAAACGAAACGACGAGAAACGCUGGAAAAACAGAAAAGGCAGUCGGGUGAAAUUAAAUUGACAAAAAAAAAAAACAACUCCACUUUUCGCUGUGGUCAAGUGCCUGACAAUUGUGCAACCUCAAGACUCUUAACCUUAACAAUUAUAUUUUGGCCACAAAAAACUAUUGGCACAAUUCAGUUUGAUUCAAGUGCUCGCUAACUCACUUUUACCCGCACCAGCGAUAAAAAAUUCAGCAAAAAGCGUGCUUUGAAAACGAAAGCAAAGCACAAGUUCGAUUCGAUUCGAUACGAAACCCCCCACGCUUGCCAAAUCUCAAGUGGCAGCCCCCAGAAGACAGUAGACCGAAGACAGAAGACCGAAGACAGAAGACAGCCAAAAUGGUUGAGAAAACAGAAAUGUCGAAAUUCGUUGGCGUUGCCGACAUUACCGAGAACAAGAAAAUCUGGCGCAUGCUGCUCGGCGAACUGGUGGGCACAUUUUUCUUGGUCUUCGUCGGCGUUGGCAGCACGACGAGCGGAAGUGUACCACAGAUCGCAUUCACCUUUGGCUUGACGGUGGCCACAAUCGCCCAGGGCUUGGGUCACUUGAGUGGCUGCCACAUCAAUCCAGCUGUCACCCUUGGCUUCCUGAUCGUUGGCGAGAUCAGCAUCCUGAAGGCGGCCUUCUACAUCAUUGUGCAGUGUGUGGGCGCCAUCGCUGGAGCAGCUGUGAUCAAGGUGGCACUCAAUGGAGUCGCUGGUGCCGAUCUGGGGGUUUCCUCCUUUGAUCCUUCCCUGGAUUCCGCACAGGCGGUGCUGAUCGAGGCGCUGAUCACCUUCAUUCUGGUGUUUGUGGUUAAGGCGGUUUCGGAUUCGGGACGUCAGGAUAUCAAGGGAUCGGCUCCUCUGGCCGUGGGUCUGGCCAUCACCGCUGGACAUCUGUGCGCAGUCAAACUGAGCGGUGCCAGCAUGAAUCCCGCCCGAUCCUUUGGCCCCGCUGUGGUGCAGGGUGUUUGGACCUACCACUGGGUAUAUUGGGUGGGUCCCAUUGCCGGCGGUCUGCUGGCCGGAAUCCUCUAUCGAUUCAUCUUCAAGGUACGCAAGGGCGACGAUGAGGCCAACUCGUACGACUUCUAGACAGUAACCGAAUACCAUAUAUGUAUUCUUGUAAAUGUCCGCACCCGCUUUCCAUUCGCAUCACACAUUUGCUUUCCAUCCAGGGUCACAUCGAAUUCGCUGCCGAAAUUUCUCUUAGAUUAGGUUUGCUCCACCAACCCAACCCAACCAGAACUUUCCGCACACAAUUGUAUCAUUUUUAUUUGUUAAAGAAUAAAAAAAAGGAAAUGUAUCGUUUUAGUUGUAACGCGAAGCUGUCACAUAAAAUAUGCAAUAUUGUAUUUGAGUAAUUUUAAGCUAAAUUAUAUGCACAACAUCAUUACGCGAAUCGAAGGAAAACUGUAUUGAAGCUUAACUAAAUUGUACCUCGAAAGCACUAUCCCAAGGAAAUCCGAACCAGCAAAUAUGGUUGAUUCUCAAUCAGUUGAUCACCACUUGUUGAGCACCUACGAAUUGUAUUAUGACUAUGUGUAAUAAAAAAUAUUAA